GUGUAGAAAAAUAGGGUCAGAGGUCUCUAUGGCUAUGACCCACCUUUUGUUGCAUGUACGAUUUUCCUACGCUAAAAAGUAUUGCACCAAGUAUUGAUAAUUUGCAAAUUAAUCAAUAAUGAUUAGAUUAAUUUUUUCAAAGUUUUGAUCAGUUUUGCAUUGAAUGAAACAAUGGUCACGUAGGCGAGAUUGCAGGGUAUAAAAUGCUGGAAGAAGAGCGUUAUCCUGUGGGUAAUUGACUAUGGUAAAAUACGUAUCUCAUGACUGAAGUCUUAAUGUAAACAUAUUUUAAUAAUAUCAUUUUUACGAUAUGAAAAAAAGCGAGUAUAUUGAGCCCUUGAAUAUUCUCUAUGCACAUUGUAUCAUUAUACAUAUGAUGCUACAAACUAAAAGGGAAGACGUGAUGUGAUUGAGGAUAAUCUAUUUAAGGGGAUAACACAUACAUAGUCGUCCUUAAAUCAUAUGUAUUCACACAAUGACGUGGGUCACUGAGAUAGCAGGGUUUAGGGUCAUCUCUUGACUUCCACAAAGCAGUGUGCUGGAGUAUUGCUGUUCCUUCACAUCAUGAAGCACCCAGAUUUCCCUCUGGGACAAUAUUCUGGGUUGUGUUGCCAAGUUGUACUUUUAUUCCUGUUUUGUACUCUGUAUAUCAAUGAAUCAAGUGCUAAAUUAUUUACACCGGGUAAAGAAUACGUUUACUCUUAUGAUGCUACCACCAGUGCUGGCGUUUUUUUACCAUCUACUGCAGAAUCUGGUUGGGGUGUUCAUGGAAAAUUGAUAAUUCAGGCUCAAGAUGAAUUUGUUUUAAUGCAGUUACAAUCAUUGAAAAUUAGUGCCUGGAAUGGACGAGUCAAUAGGAGAACCGAAGAACGAAUAGAUAUAAAAGAUGACGCUGCAGAACUGUUGAAUCCUUUUCGAGUAACGUAUAGACUUGGAGAUGUUUUAAAUAUCAGUCUGCAAUCCGAGCCUCUUUGGGCUUCCACAAUUAAACAAAGUAUUGCAGGAAUCUUACAGUUGGAUAUCGUCAAAAUUCGUGCAGAGUUGGCUGCAGCAUUCAAUUCACUUGAGACUAAUCACUAUGGUCACUGCAAUAUCGAAUACGUUGUGACUCCUGAAAAGGAUGACAAAAAGUUGGUAAGGAAAUCAUUUGACCCAAGAACGUGUGACGGACAUCCAGCGCGAACAUGGAGCAACGUACCUCGCAUGAUUUGCCCAAACAAUCAUCAAAAUCCUGUAUUAAAGUCCAGCGAACGAUUAUACAGAGUUAAAAUAGACAAUGAUACUGAUACUAUCGAGUUUGUUAAUGCGACUGGUGGAAUUUAUGUUCAACCAUUUCAGAGUUUCGGUGAAGCUCAGUUUUCUUUUACAAGACAGGUCUUCCAACUUCUAUCGACAAUUGAUAUAGCUACUGAAAUUCCCACGGAAACUAUGACUACUUUUGAUCUCAUAAACGAACUACCAGAAAGUGAUAUUACGCAGCUGAGAUAUAUUCCCUGGAAAACGGAAAUAUUCAAAUCAAUAAAAUGCUUAUUGGAUGAAUUGAGUCAUCGACUAGAAAAUGCCGGGCUGGAUAUCGAUGUAGAAAAUUUACACAACACUACGAUAUCUGAUCUUCUCUAUUAUAUGGGAAUGUUAGAGCGUACUACCUUGCAAACGGCUUAUAAUGGAAUAUCUGGCACAAGUUACAAAGAAGAAACUAUUAGGAACUUAUUUCUCGAAGCAUUGCCACAAGUUGGUAGCAAAGCUGCAGCACUUUUCGUUCUAGAUUUGAUACAGCAAAGAAAUGUCUCGGAUAUUAUUGCAGUCCAGCUUUUAACACACUUGCCAUUUCAUAUGCGAAGUCCUGAUGUACAAUUACUUGUUGAUUUACAAGUAUUACUGAACUUACCAGACAGUUUCGCGACUGAAGUUCAAAAUACAGCUAUCUUAACAUUUGGCACGCUAAUUUACAAAACUUGUCUUUUGUAUUGUCCAUAUGAAAUGCUCGAUGAUUACGUACGCCUUUAUCUUGACAAAUUUACUGAAAGCAGACAGUAUGAAAAAAAAAUGGUAUGGCUCGAAGGAUUAGCUAACAUCCAACUUGGUAAGGUUGUUGAAUUUUUGGAACCUAUUGCAAGAGGAGAUUCCACAGACUCUCGACACCUCCGUUUUCUUGCUGCGUUAGCAUCACUACCUACGGCUCCUCUAAGGCCUGAUGUGAUUCAUCCGGUAUACUGGCCAAUCUUGGCUAACAGAACUGAGCACUUAGAGUUAAGAAUCGCUGCUCUUACUCUACUUAUCAUUUCAACUCCAUCUCCGAGUAGAUUGAUAUCUCUUUACUGGUACAUGCAAGGAGAACUAGAUCAACAUUUAUACAACUUUUUUUAUACAACUCUGAAGUCAUUGGAGCGCACCAAUUUCCCUUGUUUCACUCACAUAGGUGUUAUUGCCGCACAAUUUAUACGUGUACUUCGGAAACCGCCAACCACAAGACAUUUAGUAACUGGGAACUAUGUACUUGAUUAUCAAGACACAUAUCGACACUUUGGUGCCAUGAUGCAAACUGUUGUAAUCGGAAAUCCUGUAUCGAAUAUUCCUACCGUAUUGUUUAUGACGCUCAAUAAUCACAGAGCUGGUAUCAGCUUAAAUCAAGUUUCGUUGUAUAUCAAAGCUGAUGGUGCAUUGGAAAAAUUAGUACCUUCCAAAGAAUCUGGGAACAUAUUGGAUCUCCUAAAACGACUUAAAAUCAGACAACAGCCAGAAAAACCUGUCCAUGUCGAAAUUAUUGCACAAAUUCAGGGAAAGGCAGUAUUAUGUUUGCAUUUGAAUGAAACCAAUGUCAAGAAGGGCUAUAAAUUUUUAAUGGACCUCACUGAAUAUGCCUAUAUAUUUCAAAAUAUGGCAUUUCAUAUUAAUCAGCAACGUAUCAAUGUCCCCUUGACCAUGGAUUCUGUACAAAUAACUGAUAUGGGCACCCAUGCCAGAAUUUCAGCAACGGCAACAUCCCUAUUUUCAAUGAGAGGAGAUUUCACAUACAUACCACUUGGGCGUAACAAUCAUAUGACAUUACGAACCUCGAUCCAUGGAGUCGAAGCCAUUCGAACUUAUAAUCCAAUAACAGGCUUGUGGCAUGGAGCACAGAGAUCUCAGUCUAUUCAUGCUUAUUUUCCGAUAAAUGUCACUGUUGGAAUGGACCUCAAGUUAUUCUUCUCCUUUAUUACUCCUGCAGAGUCUAUAACCACCGGUAUUACUGCUCAUGCAAGAACUACAACGAGUAUUAGAGGUCCGGAAGCGAAAUACCAGCUAGAGUUAAUGUGUGCAAACUGUCCUAUAGUUUACACCAUAAAAAAAAAUCCGGAAUACAAAUCAAAGGUGUUCACAAUACUUCAGCUCAAAAUACCGGAACUAGGUGGCCAAUUGAAUAUAAAACUGUUUGAUUGUGAUUCUCCAAUAACCCAAGAUCACUUAUGGGCUGACGUAAUAACUUCCCAUCGCAGUAAUUAUCAAAUCUGGCCAGCUUUGAAAUUAAGUAUUUUGGGCUUUCAUUUCAUGGAUUACUUCACUUACGUACCUCCAGGAGGGAGUUGCGGACUUGCUGCUCAUGUUGAAGUAUAUAGUGUACAACCAACUGAGGUAAAAGUAGAAUUUGUAGAAAAUCGUAAGGAAAGUCUAAUUUCUCUAACUCGUCGACCCAUUGGUUCCACAACAGUGCUACAAGAAUGGAAUGUAAGCGUAUUUUACCAAACUGUGGAUUGGGCUGCAGACGAGCUUAAAAUUAAAGCGAUCAGAACAGAAACUGGAGUAAAGCCUUGGAAGAUCUGUAUUCAGGCCGACAGAAAAUUGCCUUGGGAAUGGAAUCCACUGCGUAAUUUCCCAAGUAGCCCAUCUUUGAUGACAUUAAAUAUUACAUGGGGAUCUGCUGAUACAGCCAAGGGGAAAUGCCGUGGUUCAUCAAUAUUAAUAAAUUUACAAGGUGAAGUCAGUCCUCUUCAAAUCAAACAGAGUCAACUGAUGGAUUGGCCCUAUGAAGAGUGCCGACAGCAAUCUUCACGAAAAAAAUCUACUCCCUUUACAGAAGCCUGCUAUCAAGCCUCUAGAGAAUUAUCAACAUUGCGAAGAUACGAGGUCUCAAUCGCGUACGCAAACUUACCGGAAGUAGCAUGGCAGAGUGCAUGGAAGUUGAGAGCUCUGCAUGAUUUAAUAGGUGGUAACGGAAGCAUUGCCAAUCACUCAGAUAAAAUAAUAGUCAGCGCAGUUUUUCCAAAAGAUUCAUCGAGAGCGGAGGUGCAAGUGAACAAUGAGAAAAUUUCUAUUGAUGUGAAUCUUAGUAUUAUAGAUUACUUUUUAAUAAAGACUAGACUGCAUAAAUAUUGGGACAACUCGAUGGUUCAAAAUUUUUUCGGUAAUUGUCUAGUCACACCAACGUAUUUGAGAUCAACGUACAACUAUUCGUUUUUGUUUCCACAAACUGAAGAAACGUUAUUACUCGCCCAUUGUCGGGGCAACAAACCAGGAUUUGCAUUAACAACGAAGAGUGAUUCCAAUAGCUCUACUCUAAUACUUUACGAAAGCACUGAUCAAAUAAAAAUCGUGCCAGAAAGUGGACGGGUAACUGUUUACAAUCACGAUGCGAACCUAAACUUGGAGCAAAACUAUGAAUUUCAAGAUGUUAAGGGAAAAAAGAUAAGGGUGGGCGAAAAUACGAUAGAACUUCUGUACCCAGACAUUGCAUUAUUCGUCUAUUGGACACCCGAUCAAACGGUCCUACUAUUUCCGAAUCAUAUUUUGGAAUAUUCCUGCGGUCUCUGCGUGGAUCAUAACGACGGAACUUCAUCGAUGCGUGAUUAACUAAAUAUGGGUAUCCGCCGGGCUUCGCUGGAGAGAGCCGAAAAAUUUAAAUAUUUUCGUAACUUUCAAUCGUUGAUUGAUUUUGUGAUCUGAUUAUGGGGCUGGAAUCAAAAUACAUGUAAAUAUCGU